AUGCGCGAGAAGACGCUCCGCGAGAAGGGCACCAGGGGGCACAUCGUGGAGUACCGCUACUUGAUCCGCAAGGGUCACGACACCACGGAGGUCAAGGAGUACAAGCAAGUGCAGCCCAUGCGGGUGGAGCUCUACAAGGGCAAGCAGCGCGCGAUUCUGCGCGUCCCGCCUGGUGAGCUGCAGGAUGAGCAACUCAAGCAGAUCAUGCGCUUCUUCCAGCCCAAGCGACUCGGCUACGACCCGACGCACUCGACGCUGAGCUACAGCAUGAGGCCCAAGCCGCACUUCGAGCCCGACGCCAUGGACGACCUGUUGGAAGGCGAAUAUGGGCGCGACGGGGCCCUCAUCAACAUGAAAGGUAUCGGCACUUACGGCCCAGACGGCGAGAAGCUGUUCCGCGGCGACCAUCACAUGAGGUACGGCCCAGACGGCUUCCUCGAGCCCAUCCUCGACGCGCGCCCGCGACACGGUGCCCACGUGCAGCGGGGCUGGUACCGGGCGGAGAGCGGGCGGCUGGAGAUCGAGGACGUGGCCGUGAGGCGCUUCCACCUCAUCUGCAACGUCGUCGACCUGCUCAAGAAGACCGGGCGCAUCCAGACGGGGCGGUGGACCAACGACCCGGAGGUCUUCCCCGACGACCUCCUGCGAGAGCAGAUACUCCCCUUCCCGCCGAACGACAGGCAGCGCUACUGCCCGCAGGAAUUCUGCGACACCGCCGGGGAGACGGUGGUGAUCAUCAGGGGCGCCGAGGGCAACAACAGCAACGUGAUCAACGGCGAGUACGCGCUCGUUGGCAGCUACAAUGGGAAGGGGCUGUUCCAGAAGCUGGAUCUCGUGCCCCCGCCCGCCGCGGCCUCGAGGACCACGCGAACAAGUGGCUGA